CAGGGUUACUCCAACUACCGGUAUGGAUGCCGGACGGAUUUUCCACUACUGGGCAUGUCUUGUUUUGUGCUUACAACUGUCAUUGUACGUUCAAGGCAACUCGGUACAGCCUUACAUCCAAGCAUCACUCUGCACCAACGGAGAUGCCGGGGGCUUUUGUUUUUGCAUACCAGGAUAUACACACAUUGCCGGCACACAAAGGUGUAGAAUAAAUUGCGCGAAAUUCAAAACAGAAUCCAGUUGCCCUGACGUUUCAGUAUGUGAGUACUCUGAACCGAAUGUCACAUGUGUUUGCCCGGAAGGUCAAGUGAUUGUAUCGAACAAUUGCGUGGACAAGUGUACGACUUGCUCACAGUUUGCCAGCUGCAUCAAGACAACGGGAACACUGCAGCCCAAUUGCACCUGUAGAGAUGGCUACACAGGCAAUGGGACACACUGCACUGCCAUUGCGCGCCCGACACCUCCCUACAAGAAUCCGAUUAGUUGCGGUUCCCUGCCGGACUUUGGCGGCGCACAAGCCAGUCAAGAUUGCUGUGAUACAGACUACGAGUACAACUCUACGUCCGGGCAGUGUCAAAGAGUCUGCGCUAAAUUCAAUUGCACUGCGAACGCUGAAUGUGAGUACGGGCAGCAUGCCAUUCGUUGCGUCUGCAGCAACGGCUAUGUCAACGAUUCGAACGCCGAAUGCGUCACAAAGGACCCAUGCGCCAGCCGCCCAUGUUCUCCGCUUGCCAACUGCACCGCCAGUGCAAGUGGAACCGCCCACACUUGCACGUGCAAACCAGGUUACCAUGGAAAUGGAACUCACUGUUCUGACGACGACGAAUGCAGCAAUGGAGCAAACACAUGCCAUGGUAAGGCCGAGUGCAGAAACAUGGACGGGUCAUUCGUAUGCCUGUGUCGAGCGGGAUAUUCAGGUGACGGGAUAACCUCUUGCGAUGAUAUUAAUGAAUGUGGACAGGCUGACACUUGCCAUGACCAUUCAACUUGUAACAAUACAGAGGGCAGCUACUCAUGCAGCUGCAAUGCCGGGUUUACUGGCAACUCUACGGGAUGCUCUGAUACGGAUGAGUGCACCUCAGGUAGCCAUAACUGUACAGCACCAAUGUCCAAUUGUACAAACACAAUCGGUGGGUAUACUUGUGAUUGUGAUGCGGGGUUCACAGAGUCAGACAAUGGUAAAUGUGAAAAUGUCAAUGAAUGCUUUCAAGCUAUACAAGUGUGCUCCGCGAAAGAAAUGUGUAGUGACACGAUUGGUUCAUAUGUAUGCCAAUGUCCUGCUGGGUACACACGGGGAGGCAACGGUGAAUGUGAAAAUAUCAAUGAAUGCUCUAUAGUUUGUAUUGACACAAUUGGUUCUUAUGAAUGCCAAUGUCCUGCUGGGUACACACUGGGAGGCAACGGUGAAUGUGAAAAUGUCAAUGAAUGCUCUAUAGUUUGUAAUGACACAAUUGGUUCUUAUGAAUGCCAAUGUCCUGCUGGGUACACACUGGGAGGCAACGGUGAAUGUGAAAAUGUCAAUGAAUGCUCUAUAGGUAUGUUCGUAUGUCCAUCGGCAGCAGUUUGUAUUGACACAAUUGGUUCUUAUGAAUGCCAAUGUCCUGCUGGGUACACACUGGGAGGCAACGGUGAAUGUGAAAAUAUCAAUGAAUGCUCUAUAGAAGUUUGUAAUGACACAAUUGGUUCUUAUGAAUGCCAAUGUCCUACUGGGUUCACACGGGGAGGCAACGGUGAAUGUGAAAAUGUCAACGAAUGCUUUGAAGGUCUCUCCGAGGCAACAGUGAAUGCGAGAAUAUCGAUGAAUGCUCUCCUUCUAUACACGUGUGUUCUGGGAUAG